UUUGCUCGAAUGUAUAGUGCCUUUGCAUUGGAACGAAAGUGUAAUCCUUGGACUUCAAUUAUAUGCACCAUUAAGUCUUUGAUACAAAGAGAACCGCAGCCAAGCCAAGUCAGAAAAUAUUGUUUUAGGACCCUCAAUAAUGGAACAGCAUGAGCAACACAUUGAGAGGCUGGAAGACCUUCUACGUCUGCAUAAAACCAUCCAAUCACUUCAAAACAAAAUGAAAGUGCAACUCGAAACAUGCUGUGAUACUCUGCAAGUCAAAAAUGAUAAGCUUACUGCCUCAAACACGAUGCUCAUGUCGAUAAUUGGGAGGUACGAGCGAAAAUAUGAAGAACUCAUACUACAAAUCGGCGAUAUGGAAGCCGUAAUUGAUGCACUUAAUGCGCUGGUCGCGAUGUUCGUAUGCGAGAGAGAAAUGUACGAUCUCAAGGCAGACAAGGACAUACAAAAUGUACGCCAAGGGGAAAGGGAGAAGCAUCGCGCUAAAAUGGAUCUCCUCUCGCAAAGCAGCGCCCACAUCAAGAAUAAGCUUAAUGCUGCCACUAAAGCGGCCGCGGACUUGGAAACGCGUAACAAAGAACUUGCUAGUAAAUACAAAAAUAAAGUGGAAGAAUGUCGUUGUCUACGUAAUUUAAACAACAUUCAAGAGAAACAGCUGCAGCAGUUCGCAAAAAAAGAAGCCUCGUGAAAUGCGUGAAGUUCCAGUAGAGGAGCCGUGAAGAUGAAUUGUCGAGCCCACUCUUCCUACAUAGGAGUAUUUAUGUUAUUUAUUUGCCUUCAUGUCUGCUUACUAUAUUUAUAGA